ACUCCAAGUCUAAGCUUCAAACCGAAACAUAAACGAGUGAUGGAAAAAUCAAAAAACCAAACUAAAUUCUCGUGACUCUUCGUGGUUGGUUUGCCACGCUCUUCUCUUUUAUCACCGUCCCGUGUCAUCUGAAAGCGAUUUUUUUUAAAAUUAAUUUAGAUUAAGCCCAAAAAAUUAGCCAUAAAGAUAUAAAGAGAGGGAAAGGGUCGCGUUAAAGGCACCCAAGUUUUAAAUGCGAGUUGGUUGAUUGCACCUUCUUUCAAUCUUCUUUCAUGCUUGUAGACUAAGCAUUGCACAAGAGCGCGUCUUUUAUUCUUAUCGUUAUUAUUGUUCAUCUUGUAAAUGUUAACAUAUAUAUUAAUUUAACUUCUCCUUAAACCCGAAUCUGGUGACAUCAGACCCUACCCUUUUGCUUCUUUUUUCCUUUCUCCCUUUCAAUUUGUAUCCAAUCCCUUCAAUUUUCUCACACACCCAGAUGGAGUUUGAGCCAAAUCCCUGUCCUUUGCGUUCGUCUUCGCUCGGGAAUCUCGUCGAGAGGGUUAAGCAGCUUGGUACCCUCGCCGUCUCCGCCGUCAUUGGGAACAUCUUCUCUGCGAUCUUGACCUUCUGCUUUGCAUUAGUGGGAACUUUGUUGGGGGCCUUGACUGGAGCUUUGAUAGGACAAGAAACCGAGAGUGGCUUCAUUCGAGGGGCUGCUGUUGGAGCCAUAUCAGGAGCUGUAUUUUCCAUUGAAGUGUUUGAAUCGUCUCUUGUUCUUUGGCAAUCUGACGAAUCUGGAAUUGGCUGCGUGUUAUAUUUGAUUGAUGUUAUCGCCAGCUUACUGAGUGGGAGACUUGUGCGUGAGAGGAUAGGUCCAGCCAUGUUGAGUGCUGUUCAAAAUCAGAUGGGUGCUGUCGAAACCAGCUUUGAUGAGGUUCAAAACAUCUUUGACACCGGUGGUGCCAAAGGUUUGUCUGGAGAUUUGGUUGAAAAAAUCCCAAAAAUAAAAAUUACAACUGACAACAAUAUUGAUGCAUCUGGUGACAGAGUUUCUUGUUCAGUUUGCCUGCAGGACUUUCAGCUUGGAGAAACAGUAAGAAGCUUACCUCAUUGCCAUCACAUGUUUCACCUUCCUUGCAUAGAUAAGUGGCUCUUUAGACAUGGUUCUUGCCCAUUAUGCAGAAGGGAUCUGUAAUUUUGUAUAUGCAUAGACCGCUAAAAAAGUCCUUUUUUUUGGUUUUUGUUUAUACGCUCAUUUCAUUCUAGGACUUACAUCUAGUGGGAGCCAUUGCAGUUUGAGUGGUUUCAUUGUACUAAAUUAGUGUAAAGAAAAUUUUGAGAUAAAACACUUUCCACUUGUUGUAUAUGGAUGAGUUAUUGACCCUUUUCUCAGCCAUUGUCCACUUUUUUCCUGUCUUA